UUGCAAAUGCAAAAACCAUACCAUAUCAUUUCGCAGUUUGAAAUGGAAGACAAUGUCACGGUAGAUACAAACAAACCAUGUUAGACAACUUUGUAUCUCUAGGUUCCUGAUGCCCUCUUCUAUUACGGUUACCCUUUGUCCUUCUCCUUCUCUUUCUAAUAAUAAGAAGACAUUUCUUCUUACUAGUAUUUGUUGUUUGUUUCAGUAAAAAAGUUUGUUUAUCUGAAUUCUCUACUACCAGAGAGACGAAGACAACGGAAGGUAGCAUGCCAUGCUCUCUUUGACAGGGAAAGGUGCUUCCAUCAAGUAAUGAUCACUUCCGUCAAGCAAAUCAUGCAUUCCUCUUCAGCCGAAAGGCAAGGAAGUGACAAGACAUUGCUAUGUUUAUGCACUUUCAUACUCCUGUACUCCAUCUGUCUGUUGGUCUCAUUAUGUUUCUGAAAGAGACCAACCCUUUUGAGUUCUGAUAGCCGUGACAGUAAUGGAUUCUUCAUUACUGGUAGUAGUUUCCUUUCUUUUGCAGAAUGAGACUUCGAAUCUGAAUUCUGAAGAGAACAUUCAGUUUUCUCCUUUUUAAUGAAUGAAAAACACAGUUGCUAAGUCAUUAUUUUGAAGUAGAUACUUAAGGAAGAGCCUGAAACUAGAAGGGUGAAGGGAUAUGCCUGGUAAUCGAUCUACCAAGGCGAGAUUACUAAAGUACUGAACAAUGGAAACUUGUUGGUGGGUUCUGUGGUGGCGGCUCUUAGUUGUGCUGGCGGUGGCAGAUGUUGGUUUGGCCAUUGAUGAGUACAGCAGAGCUGAUUUUCCAGAUGGGUUCAUAUUUGGAGCAGGAACAUCUGCUUAUCAAGUGGAAGGAGCUGCAAACCAAGAUGGGAGGAGCCCCAGCGUAUGGGACACUUUUGCUCAUGGUGGAUAUGCAGGCGGACCUACAGGUGACAUUGCAGUUGAUCAGUACCAUAAAUACAAGGAAGAUGUACAGCUAAUGGCUGAAAUGGGUUUGGAUGCAUACAGAUUCUCCAUCUCCUGGUCCAGGCUCAUCCCUGAUGGAAGAGGAAAUGUGAAUCCUAAAGGACUUGAAUACUACAACAACCUCAUCAAUGAGCUCAUUAGCCAUGGAAUCAAACCACUGGUUUCUUUGUACAACUUCGAUCACCCUCAGGUUCUUGAAGAUGAGUAUGGUGGAUGGGUUAGUCGAAAGAUGGUGGAAGAUUUCAAAGCUUAUGCAGAGGUGUGCUUCAAGGUGUUUGGGGACAGGGUUUCUCAUUGGACAACCGUAAAUGAACCAAACAUACUGGCACAUGGCAGCUACGAUCAAGGAAUAAGUCCACCGGGCCACUGCUCCCCUCCAUUUGGUGCUGCAACAUGUGUUCAUGGCAAUUCCACUACAGAACCUUACCUGGUUCUCCACAAUAUCCUCCUGGCACACGCCUCGACUGUAAAGUUGUACAGAAGAAACUAUCAGGGGAAGCAGCAUGGGCUGAUUGGGAUUACACUCUAUGCUUUUGGUUUUGUUCCUGACACUAACCUGACAGCAGAUGUAGAGGCAGUCCAGAGAGCCAAAGCAUUCUACUUGGGUUGGGCUGCAGAUCCUUUGGUACUUGGAGACUACCCGGAGAUCAUGAAGAGGAAUGUUGGUUCCAGACUUCCAAGAUUCACGACCGAAGAAUCAGAGCUCGUGAAGGGAGCUUUCGACUUCCUUGGACUCAUACAUUACAUGCAGGUGAGUGUCAAAGACAACCUCAGCAGCCUCAGUUUGGAGCUCAGAGACUUCAAUGCGGAUAUGGGUGCACAAAUAAUGAUGGACCAUGACAGUUACUUCACUGGGUUCCCUGUUAGACCGCGGGCUCUGCAGGAGAUCUUGGAGGAUUUUAAACAGCUUUAUGGAAACCCGCCGAUCUACGUACUUGAAAAUGGUCAAGUGAACGUUCGCAACACGAGCUUGAUCGACGUUGCCAGGGUGGAGUAUCUGCAAGCCUACAUUGGUGCUGUACUAACAGCAAUCAGGAACGGAUGUAACGUGAAAGGUUUCUCCGUAUGGUCACUGCUAGACGUGUUCGAGUUAUUGGGUGGUUUCCAGACAGGGUUCGGAUUGUAUUACGUGGAUUUGGACGACCCUGACUUGCCUCGAUACCCGAAGCUCUCUGCUCACUGGUACUCCCAUUUCCUGAAAGGCGGCAUCAUUGAUUCUUCUGCAAAUGUUGAGCUUGCCUCGAAUCUGAGCAGCGUCACAGAUCUUCGCAGUCAGCGUUCAUCUUACUAGGCGACGAUUAAUUCUGCUGCUUCACUGUUUGCUACAUUUACUUGUAUCAUCCAAAAUUUCCAAAAAAGCUAGUCAAAUAAUAAAAAGGCCAGCGGUAA